UCGAAAAUGUCUCCCCUCGCCGCCAGCCUCCUCGCCGUAGCUCUCGCAGUGGCCGCCGUCGCCGCCGUCCACGCAGGCCCGCCUCCUUGCACCACCUUCCUGCAUCCGAUCCUCCCCUGCACGUCGUACAUCACGGGGCAUGGACCCUCGGCGCCGGUGCCGGUGCCGUGCUGCAAAGGCUUGAAGUUCAUGGUCGGCCUGAUGAUCACCCGCGCCGACCGCGUCACCGCCUGCAAGUGUUUCCAGGACGCCGCCGUCAAGAUGCCCGACAUCGACUACGGCCGCGUCGCCGCCCUCCCCGGCCGCUGCCACGUCGACGCCCCGUUCAACUUCACCCCCCACAUCAACUGCGACGCGAUUAAAGCGGCGGCGGUUGGGACUGAAGCCGAGGAGGAACACCUUUAAGAUCACGAACCCAGCGAUCCACUUGACGAAUAAAAAGGAUUUGAAUCUGGAGCAAGAACAGGACUCUCUGUUCAUUUUAAUGUUGAACUGAAGAACAAAUAUAUAUAUAUAUAAGUUUAUAAACACAAUGCAAUAAAUAAAGGA